AUGGCUUUUGCUCCACUUGAGAAAGCUAAACUACCAUCCAACAUGGGUAAAUUUAAUGGGCUGACAGACCCCGAUGACCACCUAAGAGUAUUUACCAGCGCAGGUCUGGUUGGGGGUUGGACCCUCCCGCUAUGGUGUCAUCUGUUCGUUCAGACCCAGACCGGUCCAGCGCGAAUUUGGUUUGAUAACUUACCAAACGGGCAGAUCGAAUCUUGGAAGGACCUGCGUGAAAAGUUUUUGACACACUUUAGCCAGCAACGGCGUUCCAUUCGCGAUACAUCUGACGUCAUGAACAUUUGGCGCCGUGAUGACGAGAAUUUGGAGGAUUUCAUCACCAGAUACAAUAAAGAGGUGUUGGAGAUUGGCGGAGUUCAUGAGCUAAUCUGCGCGCAAUUCAAGUACGCGGUUAGAUGUGACGACAUGGUUAAGGUCUUAUCUGGAACAGAGGGCCUUCCAAAAAGUUUGGAGAAGAUAAUGGUGGCGGCCAAGGUUUACGCGCAAACUGAGAAAAAUCUUACUACAAACAGGCCACCACCACCACACAAUAGGCCCGCGGACUUAAGCUUAACCGGCGAAAGGAGAUUAAAGAAAUCAUGGCGUGAGUCUAGACCAGGAAGUCGUUCGUCUGAAGAUGCCCGCACAACAAUCAACAAACUCACCGCGCAGAGGGAGAACAAACAUGAAAAUAGGGAGAGGCAAUGGACUCCCCUAACAAAGACCCCGGCGGAGGUCUUAAGUACUGAAGACUAUCAAUUCAAACCUCCGAUCCCAAUGAAAAAUAAGCGUGGACAAGACCCGUCACAAUACUGCGAAUAUCACAAAGAUAACGGGCAUACCACUAACAACUGCAUCUCUCUACACACAGAAAUAGAGAAAGCCCUCAAGAGCGGCAAACUCACACAUUUACUCCAAAAUGUGCGCAAAGAGAUUAAGCAGAUAACCCGGGGUGAGGAGGGCCCAAGCAAACGGGCGAAAACCUAA